AUUCACAUUUGUAUUCCCCUCUGAGUUGGAGGCAAGUCGGUUGGGUUCUUUCUAUAUUAUGUUACGUCUCGUUUUGUCUCUCUUGUGCGCGCGGUUUAGUCCCGUCUCUCACUCCCACGAGGAGCAUUACACGCUCUUCCCUGCCUUUGCCUCCUCGCGCUCGGAUCCGAAGUGCGAAGACUUAUAAUUAUUAUUUGUGUGCCACCGUGUUUGCGCGUUCGGUGUACGAGUGCUCGUCCCCGAAUUUCGCACCCCUCGCCGGGAUACAGUGAAUUUUUAUCGGUUUUUUCGGCCGCUCCGGGUGUGAUCGUGCGUUUUUCCUGCUUCCCCGAGCCCGGUGUGUCUAUCUGGCAUCCGUUUCGCAUCGGGAAUUGAGUGAAAUUUCGCCUUUCUGUGAUAAAUUGGUGUCGUGGGCCGUCAGUAGCCUAACCCGCAUUCCGCCCUCAUCAUCCGGGUUUUGUUGUGUUUCUGUGGAAAGUGGCUGUGAUUGUGAAUAUGUGCUGAUUAUGGAUAAAGCCCCUCACCUAUUGGAUACCCUUUUGGAUUAAUUUCACCGUCAAAUCUGGAUACCUUUCGUCUUCGUUUCCUCAAACAAUCAUUUACUUUCACAGCAAGCAGAAAGUAAGAUGGUGUUGCCGCGUGAGUCUGGCGGGCGGCGGCACCCGACAGCGAGCGAGAGCGACGGCCGGCCGCGGCGCCCAUGGCUGCCCCAAUGAGAGACAGCCCGCUGGACGGCGCCACGCACGGCAGCACGGCGGCCAAAGCCCCGACCAAGGCGAAGCAAGGAACGGCCCAAGGAGGAUCCAGUGAACCCACCGCCACCACGACCACGUCGACCAACUUCGAGUACGAUGACAACGAAUGGGACGUGGGCAUCGGCGACCUGAUCAUAGACUUGGAUGCGGAUAUAGAGAAAACGAACGAGAAGAGUGUCCCCGGACCCGGAACAGGAAGUGGAGCAGUAGCCGGAAGCGGAGGCGGAGGAGGAGGAGGCGGGGUGGCGCCAGCAGCGGCACAGACCACGCCCACUCCCACCGCCAUGGCGGCCGCCGGCAAGACAGGCAAGCUCGCCGUCGAGCACUCGGCCACCGUCGACAAAGGCCUCAAGAUGAAGAUCAAGAGAACUAAGCCCGGAACCAAGACCUCCGAGGCCAAGCACGAGAUCGUCAAGCCGGGCGAGCAGCUCAACGGAGCCGCCCCCGGGGCGGGCAACGGGAACGACCCCCUGGCAGCGGGCGGCGGCAACGCGGCCCCGCCCCUACACGCCCCGCCCGCGGUCAACGCGAAUAUGAAUAGUGUGAAUAGUUGUGCAAGUGGAGCGGUGGCCUCGGGGAAGCGAGGCUCCUCGAGCCACCGCAGGGAUAAGAAACACGCGGAGAAGUCCUCGCCGGGUAUCGUCAAGACACCCGCGGGCCCGACGCCCGGCUCCACCCCCGCGGGGCCCGGGCCCCUCCCCCCGCCCCCGGUCGCCACCCCGCCCAUGGUGGCCACCGUCCCCGGGCCCGGCCCGGUCGUGGUCCCGCCCUCGCAGCCGGUCGCCACCCCCGUGCAGAACAGUGACGUCAACGGUCUAGUGCGGACGCCCGUCCAACGAGUAGUGUUCCCAGUGGCCGUGAGCGGGCCCGGGCCCCCGGUGAGUCCCAACGCCCCCGGACCCCCCGCCUCGGCGCCGCCGCCCCUCCCGGCGUCGCCCUCCGCCAAGGACGCGCCCAAGGGCGUCCCGGCGGCCCCCGUCCCGGCCGCCUCCCCCGCGGCCCUCGUCAACUCGACGGCGGCGUCGUCGGCUUCGCUACCGCACGACGACUCCCCGGCGCCCCCCACCGUCCCCCCUUCGUCGCCCUCCCCACCUCUUAUCAAAAAAAUUAAGACUGCGCCCGUUGACCCUAAGGAUAUGUUGGAUGUCUGCGUGGGUACAAGUGUGGGCACCAUUACCGAACCAGAUUGCCUAGGACCUUGCGAGCCCGGCACCAGUGUAAAUUUGGAAGGCAUCGUUUGGCACGAGACUGAAGGUGUUCUGGUCGUGAAUGUAACGUGGCGAGGAAAAACCUAUGUUGGAACUCUAUUAGAUUGUACUAGACACGAUUGGGCACCGCCCAGAUUCUGUGAUUCUCCGACUAGUGAUCUUGACGCCCGCACGCCGAAAGGAAGGGGCAAACGGGGUAGAGGUUCGAGCAACUCCAAUUCUGGCAAUGAUUUAAGCAAUUUCACCGAGACGCGAUCUUCAGUCCACAGUAAACUACGAAGUAAUAGUUCAACGAAUAACAAUGGAAACAACAAAACCAGCAGUGGGCGAAGAGGCCCGCCCGCCUCGUCACCGACACCGUUCGUGCCCCCUCGACCCGACUCCGGAACCAAGCGGAAAAAUCGGUGCGAGGAGGAGCAACAGCAGUCACCUGUGAACGGGAAGAAGACCAAACCGGCUCCAGGAGCAUCAUCCUCGUCAAGCACCUCUCUCCCUCCCCCUCCCUCCCCUGCCACCCCUGUAACGAGCAACGGGAGCGGAAGUCCACCGCCUACCUCACCAGUGCUCCUGGAAUGUCCCGAACCGAACUGCUCGAAAAAGUACAAAAAUAUAAACGGUUUGAAGUACCACCAGUCGCAUGCCCACGGUGGGUCGACCGACGAGAACGAAGACAAGGAAAUGACGAGUUUGUCGGAGAAUGAAGAGGUGCCUAGUCCGCCGGAAUCUUUAGUUCCAAACAAGUGUGAUAUUUCGAAUAGUAGUACGAAGAAGGAUGAACCCAUGAUGGUUGAUCCUCCGCCGCCGGUUGCGACGCCCGUUGCGCCAGCGACUGCUGCUCCCGAACCAAUGGUUUCAGCGGUCCCUGUCCCCGCGCCACCUACGGGCCCGGCUCAGAUAGUCCCCCCGCAACCAGAGAAAGUUGUCCCACCCGAGAGGAUAUUGCCCUCGGACGCUGAAAUGACAAGCGAUCCGACUCUCAUAAAACAAUCUGCUGGAGUCUUAAGGUUCGGUCUCACCGAUGAGUCAGCAAAGACUGCUACCGUCCUUUCGGUUCCAUCGCCAAACCAAAGGCCGGUGUCACCUGUUAACAAAGUUCCACAAUUCAAGGUGAAACCAACCUCUGCUUUGAUGCCCGAGGCAGACAAGAAAGAUAGGAAUAAUGUUAAAAUAUUGCAGCAGCAGAAGAAGAAAAGUAAAAAGUCACCAACGAGUAGUCCUCACUUGAAUGUAAUGGAGCCUAAUUUUAUGGAACAGUCGAGUGGUAGGGAAGAUGUUCAAAGUCCAGCUUAUUCAGAUAUCUCAGAUGACACAGCGCCGGUGUUGGAAGCAGAAACGGACAACAAAUCUAAAGUUAUAAACUGUGAGAAAAAGUCUGAAAGCGGGACGGCUCAGUCCCCUCAUUCAUUGCAACACUACGUUUUCCCAUACUAUGGAAAUCCUCCUUAUUUGGUGCCUUCAGUACAGACAGAUAACAAAAGUAAAGAGUUAGAGAAAACAAUACCAGAAACUAAACCUGUCAGUAAUCUAGACAAAGAAAAGAAAGAAACAAAUGUCGGCACGGAGUACCCUCCCAAGUUACUCGAGCCUCAUUUCUAUCCUUAUGGCUACGUUCCCGGAUAUCAGUAUGGUAACAUGGGUAGUUAUCCUGUGGGAAUGGUAGCUGGGGAAAAGGACUGUAAAGAAGAUAACCUUUUGAAAAGCCCAAGUCCAGCCGAACAGAACCUUAAACAAGCACCUCCAGCGCAUAUAACAUCCUUGCCUCCAAAAAUCAAAACGGAAUCAGGUAAGCUUCCAGAGAAGCCUCCGACGCAGCAAAACGAAAACCACCAGAUUCUGAAAGAGAGCAUAGAGAUCAAGAACCAAAUGCCACCAGCUUUCAUCUACCCAAGGCAACAGUCAAAUCAGCCCGGUCAGCCUCAAGCUCAGCCGCAACCCCAGCAGGUGGUGCAACAGCAACAACAGCAGCAAGAGGACCUGCGACGAUACUAUUUAUUCUCAGGUGAUCAAAGGCCAAGGAAGGACUCUUCCUCGGAGGCCCCAAUGAAAGCAACACCCCCGCCAGUUGCAACCAAACAACCACCACAAAUGCCUUUGAAAAUGAAAGAUAAAUACCCUGAAAGUGAGAAAAACUCAAAGGAUACUGAGAAAAUCAAACAGGAGGGCGUGAAACCAACCAUGGAGACGCAAGGUCCUCCCCCUCCCCCUACUUCCUCUUACGCUUAUAUCCACCCAAGUAGUUACAUGCAGUCUCCACACUAUGGUGCCAUCCCGUUCGAUCCCAGUCAUUCGAUGUACCGCAACAUGAACCCCAUGCUAGUUCCUGGUCCAUACGGCAAUAAUCCUUACUUACACCCCCAGCUGCACCCUCAGAUUCCAAGGUACCAUGCUCCUGAGGACCUCUCGCGAUCACCAUCAGGCCCGAAAGCUCUGGACCUCUUGCAGCACCAUGCUAAUCAGUACUAUUCCUCGCAUAAAAUCCAUGAGCUUCAAGAGCGAGCGAUGAAGUCACCGACGCCAAAAUCUGUGACUCCGGGGAUCUCACCGUCGGGUGGUGGAGCUCCGAAUCUUCCUCAGCAACAAACUCAGUCGCAGCAGCAGCAACAACAGGUGCAGCAACAACAGUCGCCUGGAUCGAUCACACCUCAGCCUCCCGGUGGACCUCCUCCGCCUAAUAAAACACCCACAGAUAAAGACUCACGUUCGCCCCCUCCGCAAAGGCAUGUUCACACGCACCAUCAUACGCAUGUUGGAGUUGGACUCGGGUACCCUAUUGUAGCUGGUCACUACCCCGCACCUUAUGGAGCUGCGGUGCUCGCAAGUCAGCAAGCGGCUGCAGUGGCCUCCACAGUAGGAAACAAUUACCCUGCUAAGUGAAGUGAUAUGAAACAGGAAAUGUUGACCGUCUCUCUGGACUGACUCAUGGCUGUUUAAUUUUGCAAUCUUAAUUUUAAUCAAACUUGACUUAAACUUUUACAAUUGAGGAUCCGUAAUUUUCUGCUUCUCUUUUUUUUUAUCGAAGAACUUAUUUAGAUUGUGCCUAAAAUAUAUCAGACUUUUUAUCCUGGUCUUUCACGCUCCUUCAGUGUAAAACUAGUCAUACGGGUCUUCUACCUCUGUGAAGCAGAUUUCGCUCAGUUCUUUUUUUGCCUGAAAUUAGCAUUAUAUGUGAGAAAAACGGAUCUAACAAACUCUUCAAAAGAGAUCUCUAUUGUACGUUGUUUCGUACCACGAAUGAACACAUUUUUUUCCUCUCAACACUUGGAUGAUCACUGGUAUUAUAUGUAUCCUACGCUUGGGUAGGAUUUUAUCGACUGAUACCCCUUUCUUCCUUUUUUUAAAGAAAAAGAUAAAUAAGUGUAUACAUUUAUUGUGCAUGUUUUCCCUUUGAGCAGUAGCCACCAUGAAAACAAUGUUAAAUCUUAGAAUUUACAAUCAGAUUUUUACCCUGAUGCAAAUACACUGGUUUUUGUUGCCAAUGAUAGGUUAGCUCCAAAUCUAUCCGCCCUCACAACUAUGAACUAUUGAUGUUUUUAUUUAACAUAGUGUAUCUAUUUAAAUUGAUGUAAAUACACAUACCCGAAGUAGCUUAAAUAAUCAAAGAGGAAAAUUCUUUGAUUAUGGUGUUAUGAUUCCAAAAUUAGGAAGCUCUCUCAGUCCCAUAAAAAAUGUUGUCUUUUUUAAGGACCUUUCAACAACUAUCAUAAACUUCAUCGGGUCAAUUUCUGAAUUUUUAACUACCGCUCCAUCUCAAAAGCAUAGGAAGUAUAGCCUUAUUGUGGAAAGUAUUUCUGCAUAGUUGAAUAUUUUAAAACUUGAUGAGAGGGGAGAAAAAAGAAAGUUAGUUUCUUUGGUGUGCAACCUAAUCCAGAAAAGGAGCAAAGAUAAAACUGGAAGCUUCUGCUAUUUUCUUAACGAUAUUGAUUGAGCUUCAUGUCGCAGUGAUAAUUGAAUCGAAACAUGUAGUGUAAAUAACUUGUAACUCACCUAGGUUUACUUAAAUCAUGUAUUAUAUUAGUAGACAUUGUAAUUUUGGAUAAUUUUGAAAAAGUUGUGUUCAAUAAAGAUUUUGUACGUGAAACCCUCUUGAAUUUUCGUGUUCCCCUCUCCGUAUUUUCUCACUCUAAUUGGCCGAAUAGGUAUGCUUUUACAAAUAGCUUUAAUUUCAGAAAUGCUUACAGUCGUUCAAAAAUUGCUUGCAAUGUAGAUGCCCUGUUCCUGAAAGUAUUCUUUUCUCAUAAAUGGCAGCUCUUUCUUCUUUAGAGAGUAACUCUUUUUCACCUCCUUUUUUAUUUAAUCUUGAGUUCCUGUCUAUGUCCUGGAAAUUAAAUUUUAGAGUUAUCUUCAAUAUUGAAAUUUUCUCUCUGUAGUUACAUCUUAAAGACCAUCGCUCCACCCAAAUAUGCUGUAUCAAAAGUGAAAACAAGCCUUAAAGUAGUUUCAGCUCAAAGCUAUGUCACACUCCUUAGUAGCUUGUCAGUUGUAUUCAUCAGGAGAAAAAAUUAUCUCACAAGAAGUGUCUGCAUUGAAUGUGAGGCACUUAUGAUUUGAUAAUGAAGCAUUUUGUUCUUUUGAGUUAUAAUAGGGCAAAAUUUUAGAAUCUUAGAAAAAAUAAAAGCUGGUCUACAUAGAAAUCAUAGUGUGAGAAUUUUUAACUAGCCGAAAGAUUUAGAGCUUUUUCCAUCAAAUGCCAUGCAAAGCAGGGAAUGAAAGAUUUGCCCACAGAGAAUAGGAGAGAAUCGCUGACGAUGAAGAGCAAAAAUCAAAAUGUUUUGAAAAGCGACAAUAAAGAGGCCAGCGAGAGAGAAAACAAAAAUGAAAUUAGUCUUAUCAAGUGAUGAAUUGUACAUUUAUCUUCAUUCCUUAAAAUUAUAAUGUAAAUUUUCUUGAAUGUAAUUGUUUAUUUUUAUCUUUCCCUCCUCCCCUCAGUGUAAUGAUGUAAAUAGUUUAUGUGCUCUUGCAAACUUAAAUGCAACAUACAUCUAUUUAUGUGUACUGUAGUAUUUUUUAUACUAAGCUUUUGUUUGUAUAUUAUAGAACAAAUGAAGCAGAUAGAAAUUUGAAACAAAACGGAUAAUAUAAACAUGAACUUUUUAUUAAUAGUAGACAUUAUUUUUUGUACAGAUAUUGUAUCAAAUUCAUGUAGUUUUUAUACUAGAUCUCAUCAAUCACCCAAUUCUUCCGGAGCUUAACCCUUUUGAGUAUCUUAUACUCUCCUCAUUCACAAUGAUUAAUAAACAUAAUUCUUCUUCGGAUUAUUUUUCUAAAAACUCAUCUGUCAGAAGUAACAGCGACUCCUCUUUUUGAAUGAUUUCUAAUCAUUACUUUUAUGAUUUUCUUGCUUUCUUUUAUAUUUUUUAUUUGUUUUUAAUUUUUCCCCAUCUCGUUGCAUUUAAAGUAGAAUUUAUGAAAAAUCUAAAGUGCAUUUUCAAAACAGUAACAACAACUGCUGUUUCCUUUUGACAAACACUGUCUCAAAAUUAACAUCUCUGACUCUUGGUUUCUCAAUUUUUAUCCCUAUUUUUUUCUCGUUAAAUUAGCUUUGCCUUGAAUUUUUCAGUUUCUUAGUUCAUUCAUUUUCCAUUGGCUGUAGGUUAUACUAAGUUACCCGCCCCGCUCCAAUUGAUGUUUGUAUUAUCUAUCAGUUUGACUAAUAAUUCUCUCGAUUUCCGAAUAGGCUGAAAAAAGAAUUCAAAAGAAUGGUUUAUAAUAUUUUUUCAAUGAACAUUCUAAACAAUAAAUUAUAAGACGGUUUCAUUUAUUUGCAAUACUCUUUGUUUCAGUGGUUAUAAAAUAAAGCUUUGUAUAAUAUCAUUUUUCA